AUGGCUACCACAAUCAACGCGCUCAUCACCACCUUCCCCGGCCUCCCCAACCUCACCCUCCCCCUCCCCUCCACCACAAAGAUCCACACCCUCCACGCCCACCUCACCACCCUCCUCCCCCCCACCCCCUACCGCCUCCUCCUCUCCACCACCUCCGGCACCCCCCUCUCCCCCUCCUCCCCCCUCCCCCUCUCCACCCUCACCCACGGCCAUGCCCUCCUCCCCCUGCGCCUCACCCUCUCCCUCCCCGGCGGCAAAGGCGGCUUCGGCUCGCAACUCCGCGCCGCCGGCGGCCGCAUGAGCUCCCGCAAGAAGCGCGGCCAGCAGGAGAACAACGACUCGUGCCGCAACCUCGACGGCCGCCGCAUGCGCACCGUCAAGGAGGCCAAAGCGCUGGCCGCCUACCUCGAGAUCAAGCCGGACAUGGAGCGGCAGGAGCGGGAGCGGCGGCGCGCGCGCGCGCUGAAGGUCAUUGAGGCGGCGGAGCGCAAGGAGGAAGGGGGGGGGAGGAGGUUCGAGGAUGUCAAGUGGCUGGAGGAGACGGAGGAGGAGAGGGAGCGGACGAGGGGGGCCGUGGAGAGGGCGAUGAGGGAGGGGUUUACGGAUCGGGUGUUUGCGGAGGGGAGCUCGGGGAGUGGGAGUGAUGAGAGUGAGGGGGAGGGGGAGGGGGAGGGGAGUGGGGAGGCGAGGAAGGUUGUGCCGAGGUUUGCGGGGUGGGAUGAGGAUGAUGAGUUUUUGAGCUCGGAUGAUGAGGAGGAGGAGGACGAGGAGGAGGAGGACGAGGAGGAGGAUAAGGGGAUGGAGGAUAUCCAGGAGGAAGACGAGGAGGAGGAAGAGGAGUAUGAGGGAAAGGGCAAGGGAAAGGGAAAGGCUUAA